AUGGAUGGCCCAAUCGCAUCAGCCGUGGUCUUGCCAGAUGAGCCUAUGCCGCCAGCCUCGCCCAGCAGCAACAAAAGACGCCAAUCCUCAGGGACCGAAGAAAGUGUGAAACGACCGCGACUCGAAGAUGAUGCUCCCAAUUGCGAUCGUGGAUCUGCCAGUGAGGUCAAAGCUGCUGUCCCAGUGCGACGCGAAAGAGGUAGAGAGCGCAGAUUGUUCGGUGCUGUUCUCGGUGCACUCUCACAAGCUCCUAGUACUACUGCAGCACAGAAGCGCCGCUCUGAGAUUGAGAAGAGACAGAUCGCACAGCGCAAGCAAGAAAGCGAAGAGAGCGAGCAGAGGAAGUCGGAGCGCGUAGCCAGACGCAAAGUUCAGCGCUGGAAGGAGCAGAGACGUUUCGAAGAACAAUCGUACUACAAGCCCUGGGAGACCAGUGCCGAAGAAGAAGAACGAAUCCAAGACCAAAUUGCCGAAGCGCGCAAAACUAUCCGCCGAGAAGUAGAAGAAUACGAGGCUCGCAUAGAGCAAGGAAGCAACCGCGAGCGACGUGCCUCCGAGGAAGCAGAACAUCGCCGUGACGCAAUGGGCUCCCAUAGUGGUAAGGAGCACAAUGCAGACGCGUCUCACGAGUCAUCAGCAACCAAUGGAAAUGCUAACGGCAGCCACAACUCUCCCAAGGACCAGGAUAUGGAGGAUAUGGGAGAUAAUCAUGCAGAAGACCCUGAACAAGAGGCGGUGAGCGCCGACACGACUGGGGAUAGACCGGACAGCACUGUAGCAGCCCAUGAGACUACCACUGACGAUCCUAGCAAUAACAACGACGAUGAAAACGGAGAAGAUGUAGUCGAGGAGGCAGCGGAGGAUACCGUCAUUUACUGA